AUGCCUCUCGUCAUUCUUACCGGGUAUCCCUGCUCCGGUCUCACCUACCGCGCAAACCAGCUCGCGGCACUCCUCGAGACAGCGCAAGAUGAACUCUUCGCAGCCACCGAGUCCGCGUCGCCCGUCACGCUAAAAUCCCGAUUCAAGGUCCACGUCGUCGCAUCGCAUGAUACCUCGCACCCACGUACCGUAUACGAUCAUGCGCGGACGGAAAAGGAGGCUCGAGGCGUGGCCUACGCCCGAGCCAAGCGCGUGCUCACACGCGACAGCAUCGUGAUCUUGGAUGGCAUGAACUAUAUCAAGGGAUGGCGGUAUCAGCUUUGGUGUGAAGCUAAAGCUGCUGGGACAACAUGCUGUGUGGUCCACGUCGGAACACCAGUUGAUCAAUGUGUCGCGAACAACGACGCCAGACUGCAGCGUCAAGCUUCAAAGAAGACCGCAGACGAUUCCCAACCCUCUCCCACUACAGACGUUCCUGCGAAAUCAACCGACAACGAAGAACCAUACCCACCCGAACUUUUAAACAACCUUAUCUUCCGCUAUGAGGAACCAUCAACCCACAGCCGCUGGGACAAACCUCUCUUCACAGUCCCCUGGGCCGACGAAACACCACCAGUAGCAGACAUCUUCCACGCUCUGAGUGGCGUAAUCCUCCCCUCAGCCCAAGAACCGACCAUAACACCCAUCUCCGACCUAACAACAACCCUAAACUCAACUUCUCUCUCCUCGGCCGCAAGUGUCACAACAACGCGCACAACAUUCACGCGUGGCGGAACCGCAAUAGGAGGAAGCGGAUCCUCAAGACCCCGUAUCGUUCCUCACCAAGCUACAAUUCAAGCUGUACAAACGGACCACAGUGCCCUCUACGCUAUGGAGAAGAAGACCUCGGCAGUUGUUACUGCCAUCCGCGCGUUUACGCAGGCUACGCCUUCGGCGGAGGUGGCAUUGGCGCAGAGUAAAGAUGGGAAGGCAAUUGAGAUUUCUGUGCCUGAGGCGAAGGAAAAGAUUGUUGUUCCGGCUCAUGUUGCUACCACUGGUACUACUGAUGAACUUGCGGGUCCGGGUGGUGUUUUGGCGCUGCCUAGGUUGCAGAGGCUGAGGAGGCAGUGGAUUAGUUUGAAUCGGACUUAUAUUGGGAGGGGGCAUGGGGCUGGACAGGGUGGCUUGACGGCUGAGCAGAUCGGGGAUGCGUUUGUGAGGUUUUUGAAUUCGAGUUUUGGGGGUGAUGAUGAGACUUGA